AUAGAUGAUUACGAUGCGUACGCUAGGCGUCAAUAAUACCUUUUCGCUUGAAGUAGCUGCCUUAUAUUUUAUAUAGGAUACGUUACACAUAUCAUAGAAAAUUUAGGAAGCUGUUAACUUUAAGUGAAAAUAAAUUUUGAUGUACAUGCGAAUACGCAACGACAAGCAAGGGAUAUUUCAACAUUGUAGCUCGCUUCUCUAAGCAGACAACUAUUAUAUUUGUCAAAUAAAACAUACUGCAAAGAUGUGAAAUGCUGCUAAAUGAUACGUUUGAUAGGAGAUACACGGUUUAUUCUGUUUGGUUAUGUAAUGUCAUUGAGCAACGAUACUUCGAGGCGGAUCAUAAAUUGGCUUCUUCUCGUUCAAGUGCUUUGCUUACUGAUGUUGGAUCCUUUCUUUCUUCCGUAUUUUUGUUCGAUGUUUCAUCGUCGAGCGUCCCGAAAAAUUUGAUGUCUUUUGCUUUGAUCACUGUUUUUGUGCCUCGACGCCAUAAGCGAUAGGAUUUUGAUUCGUACGAAAAAAAUAUUAUUUGAAACAAAGAAGCAAUCAACUGGAAACAGCAUUUCAGAGGAGAAUCAGUUUUUGACAAUUGCAGCUGCACUACCAAUUUUGCCAGGUGCGCCGAUACCUCCAAAAUUGUCAAAGCGUUGCUACAAUUCAUUUAGUUGUACUGGAACCCAAUUUGAAAUUGAACAUGCAGAAACUGAAGGAUGUGAGGUGGUUACGUUACAAUGGACAGGAGAAACAAAAACAAUCGUGGCAUCGAGAACUUCUGCAGAACGAGAAAAGAAUCCUAAUAGAAUAUGUCUUGAUAGGCGAGGUCUGACAACAUUUCCUAAUGUCAUUGGAGAAUCCAAGUUGCGAUUAAUGUCUCUUCAACAUAAUCUGCUAACCAAGCUCGAGAGCUCCAACUUCUCUCAGUUAACAAAGCUUGUAUUUCUUGAUUUAUAUGAUAAUCAAAUAGAGAAAGUAUGCGAUUUUCAUCUUUUAGAGAAUCUAAGAGUACUUUUACUAGGAAAAAAUAGAAUUAAAAAAAUUGAAGGUUUAAAACAACUUUUGAGAUUGGAAGUUUUGGAUUUGCAUGGCAAUCAAAUUCAACAAAUUACGGGCUUGGAGAAUUUAUCGUCGUUGAAAGUAUUAAACUUGGCAGGGAAUAACAUCAAAACUAUAGGAUGCAAUGAUUUUCAAGGUUUAAUCUCAUUAAAAGAACUUAAUUUACGUCGGAAUAAACUAAAGAGGUUGCUAGGAUUUGAUGAGACACCUCAAUUACAAAAAUUAUAUUUGAAUAAUAAUGAUAUUCAUAAUAUUGAAGAUAUGAGUAGCCUUGCAAAAGCCUUGCAAAUUAAAGAAAUAACAAUAGAUGGCAAUCCAGUAACUUUAAAUACUGAUUAUAUCUCUUUUCUCGUUUCGUAUUUGCCAAAUUUGCAACUUUUAUCAACAAUGCAAAUAAGCGAACAAAUUCGAAGAACAGCAAUGGCUUGGAGAUUCUCAAAGGAACAAUCGAAUUCUGCUUUCCUUGAUCUUAGUACACAAGUUUGUAUGAACGUACGUAGAGAAGAAGUGAUAUCAAAUGCUAAAACAAAUUGGGAAUUUCUCCGAACUAAAACUAAAGUUUCACUUGAUAGUUCCACUAAAUUGAACAAUAAUACAAGCAAUAAUAUAUUAUUACGUACACAAAGUGCAAAUAAAUUUCAUACUGUAAACCCAAAGAGCUUAGACAAAGUCAAAAUAAAAGGUUUUGGUAGUCUCACUGCAAUAAAUGAAAAUAUGGAAGCACGAAAGAUACAUAUAAAAAGGAGAAGCGCUUCUAGCGAGAAUUUAAGAGAAUUUAAAUUAGAAGAUACAUCGAAAUCAUAUCCUUUGGAAUUUAAACUUCCACCUAUACUAGAUUCAAUAGUAAAUAAUUUAACAAACAAUAGAUUUGAGAAUAGAAUAUUGUCUAAUAAUAAUAAUAAAGAAAAUAACAGUAAGAAAAGGCUUGAAAAUGAAUAUAUUGAAAAUGCAUCGGAUAGCGAGACAGAGAUUUCACAAAGUCAUGAAAGUUUAAAAAGUGGUUUAAAAAGUCAUCUCUUUACUUCUAACGUGUACGACACAUCUGUAGAUUAUGACAAAUCUGCAGUCUAUAACGAGUCUACUAUAGCGAAAGAUGUAUCCUCGAUUACCGCAGGAAAUUAUGUUAAAAAUAAUGAGAAUCAUAUACAUGAAGCUCUUGCUAUGACCCAAAAUUUCUUAAAAUAUCAUGAUGCGGUAACAAACGAAAACAAUGACUUAAAUAAUAGAUUGUUUCAAGAUUCAAAAGCAUUUUAUGAUCGAGAUGAACAAAAUCAUUACCAGUCGAAAUCGACUAUAAAUUCUUCUGGAUAUUGUUCUUUAAGUUCAAAAACUAAUAGUCUAGACAGUAGUAAAUCAUUAUUAACGGAUUCUAGCGUUUCGUUGAUUUUUAAGAAUGCAUACAAAUCUCAUGAAUGUGACAAGGAUAAAGGAAGGAUUAAAAGUGCUCAAACGAAAAAGAUGGUAUAUUAUAAAAAUAAUAAAGCUGCGACAGUUAGAGCAAAAUUUAAAUCUCUUGCUCCGCCAAGUCCACUUCCUCAACAAGUACCACCUAAAGAGAGAGAACAGGGCGGGGAUUACUUAAUAGAGAUCGUUGGUCGAUGCCUAAAUAUAUAUGGCCAAGGUGCUUUACGCUUUAUAGAUAGGACUUGGGACUUAUCAAAGGCUCAAGAUGUCAACGUCGUAAAAUUUAAUUAUGUACAGUUUAACGAUGUGGCAAAAAUUUUAAGUAAAUUAAAGAAUAGAUUUCCUCAUGCGGAACAUUUUGUAUUUAAAGAAACUAACAUCAAUCUUCUUGGUCAACUAAAUGCCUUAGCUGAGAUACAGGGAUUGACUAGUAUACAAAUAGACGCAGGAAAUCCUAUUGUGUCCAAGGACUGGAAAAUGUACGCUAUAUUUCGCUUAGCUCAUUGGGGACUUGCAAUUAUCAAUGGCAAAGAGAUUACAACUGAAGAUGUGGAGCUUGCAAAUCAAGAAUAUACAGGGCUUAUAGAUAUAGUAAUGUGUUCACUGCCAGAUUCUUUAUUACAACCUUUGUUACAAAGACUUCAUUUAGAGAAGAUACAGAGACAAAGCGGGGAACAAAUUACUGCCAAACAAUUUUUGUUUAAUUGUGACCCGGCACUUCGAAGCGUUGUUGCCAAGGAGGCGUUACAAUGGAGAAAAGGAAAUGUAACACAGGAAGAUCUUAUCUGGAGACACAAAGGAAAAGUACACUUGCUAAAUUUAAUCAAUCUCACUAUAAAUGCUAUAUGCAAGUUACAAAUUCUAAAGAAGCAAUGGCCAUGCGUUCUGUAUGAAAUCGUUUAUAAUACUUUAUCCGAUUUUUCUAAAAUGGAUGUGUACAUGAAGUAUUGCAGCAAAAUGCUCGAUAGCAAUAAAUAAUAUCGUAUUUAUAUCACAAAACGUAAUACACCUCGAUAUUGUACCGCAAUAUACGUAAUCUAUGAUUUGACUUGAUUAUAUUAUAUGUCGCAAGAAAUAAUAACAUAUGGCUUGCUAUGCAAACAAAGAAUUAAUAUAUACGUACACAUACAGCAAAGAGGAUUUUAUAUUGUUAUUGUUAUAAAUAUAUUAAAUACAUUUGCUAGACUUGUAUUCAUGUAUAAAACAAUAAAUUGUGUAUAAACAUUGUUAAUA